AUGGCGCGGUGGCUAAACAUUGAAAAUGACAUAAAAACAUUAGUUUUCCAGAUUACAGGAUUUCAGGAAGGAGAAGAAAACUUUGCAUUAUGUGUUCAGUUUGCCAUGUCAAACAUCAAGUAUCACCGUUUCCUGAGUGUGGAUAGUCACAGAGUUACCAAAUCUCUGAAUGGGAUGCUUGAAAAGUUUGAGAUCCACUCCCAGCUGGAUAAAAAGGAUUGUCUACAGAGACUGUGUGACCAAUUUUUAUCCAUGCCAUGUUUUGAAGGACGUGAUACAGGGAAAACGGACACCCACUACAGUUUGUUGAUGUUACUACUGAAUGUAGGAGAAAACCCAACUCAUUCUCCUUACGCAGGCAAAGCCCAAAUUCUUAAAGCACCAGAGGUGGUUGAUGACUUCGACUGGGGAGCCUAUCUCAGGGAGGGUAUAGAAACAUACUCAACAAUAUAUGCGGACUCUGAUUCAGAGUCGGACUUUGAGCCCCUGAGUGAUGAUGAUGAUGAAACAGUGGUUCCAGUGAAGUCAAAGGACAUAGAAAUCUCAGAAAAACAGGAGGUGGAUCCUAGUAUUUCUACCAUUACCUCAGAUGCCUCCACAUUCUAUGUGGAGGAGGAACCGGACCCCAGGGAGUCUGGUGUGGCCUGGCUGACCAGGAACGUCACUGUCCAGUAUUGGUGUGGUCAAAAUCAACCAGAGGAUCCAGAAUCCACAGAAAACUUAAAGAAAGACUGGCAGAAGUACAGAGAAGCUACUGACCCAAUCUACACCAAUAAAGACAGUGUCACAAUGUCAGAGAUUCAGCUUCUUAGAGAAGUUCUGUGGAUACUAGCAGGUGUCACAGAUUCCUUUGUAUUUAUUCUACAUGGAGAUGAAUUCAUUGUGCGAGAAAACAUUUUUGUUCAACAUCUGACUGAUAACUCUCUGAAGAGUUACCUAUCCUGUUUUGCUCGGUAUGGUUCCUACGUUCAGCACCUGUUAUGUUUUGAGGAGGAGGCUAUUUGUGGGUCAUAUGACCUGUCGAUUACAGACAAUAAUAAUCUUACAUGUCAGACUUAUCAGGCCUUUGCCAAUGCCAUCUCCAACUUCAUCAAGAGUCUGAGGAAAGAACUGACUCAGCUAGAGAAAAGAAUGACCAAACAAGAGCAGACAAUGACUUUAGCCAUGCUCCAUGGAGAUUUGUCACCAUGGUUAAAAAAGAUUGAGUUGAUACACUCUUUGUAUGUCCGAGGAAUCCAGGAAGCUGAUUGGAUGGUCAAUAAUUGUCAGAGGGCGUCUCAUUUACUCAGCGGACUGUUCGAGGCUGUGGUGGAAUAUGAUACCCUCGGACAGAAUGCCUCAGAUGUUGUAGAGCUUCUAAUACCAUUGUGGAUUCAAACAACCAAACCAUAUAUAGAGGUGAUUGAUGAGUGGAUUACAAACGGCAAUCUAGUGGACCCAAGAUCAGAGUUUAUCCUGAAAAGAAAUGAGAAUGUGAAAUCUUUGGAUGAGAGUUUUUGGGAGACUGCAUUUACUAUACACAUACCAGAGGAUUCUGCCCUACCCAGUGAAAUCCACGAGUCUCAACAUACCGUCACGGAAAAAAGCAAACCAAACAGCAGCAGAAAAUCUGUAGACAAGUCAGCAGGAUCCUCUCAUUGGGCCCCUGAGUUCUUGGAGCCUGUUAUUUUAGAAGUCGUCCUGGCUGGCAAGUCCAUGGAAAUGAUACAAGACCUUGGCAAGCUGGCUGAUGUUUGUGGAGUAAAAAGAGAAAAGUCCCUGUACACAUUGUUUUUGGAAUCUCUCCAAGAACUCUUAGGAACACGGCCGCAUGAGGAUUUUAUAAAAGAACCUCCUCCAGACCUGAGCAUGUAUCCGGAACAAGUCGACCGACAGAUGAAAAUAAAGGGAAUUCAUGAUCCAUUGUUAAAGAUUAACUUUAUGAACAUCUUUCAUGCUUGUAAUGUCAGACUCCAUGGACCCAUAGAGGAGGAAGACCAGGAUAGUCAGAUGUUGAGUGUUCUGGAGACAGAGAGGUUACAGCCCAUUAACCUUAUCCUUAAGCAGUGCCUGUACCCCCACAUCACCCAGAAGUACUCCAAGGUCUGUACUUGUCUUGUCCAGAUCCUCAAGGAGGAGUACAAUCUGAUGGGUUACCUGGCAGCUAUGAGGCAUUUCUUUCUGAUGGAAGCUGGGGACACCAUGUUUGAUUUCUAUUCACCUAUAUUUGACAAGAUCCGUCUGAACACUCAUUGGCGAGACAUUUCUACUGUAAACCUAAUUCUACAGGAAGCUUUACAAGCACAUUUCCCUGAGGAAUCCAGGCGAUUGUACGUUAGUAUUGAAGAUUUGCCAAAAGAUAGACAUCCCAUCAAUAUUACAGACUGCAUCAAACUCCAUUACAAGGUUCCCUGGCCGGUGGAUGUGGUCAUCAGCUCUAAGUGUCAGGCCAUAUACAACCAGAUCUUCACCUUCCUUCUGCAGGUCAAACGAGCCAAAUACUGCCUCGACGAGUUACGAUUCUGUGACUUGGAAAAAGACAGUGUCCUACACAGCCACUCAGGAACAGAGUUCUCCCUUCACCUGGACGAGGACAUGCCAAGAGAGGGGAGGAUCCAUAGAAUGCACAUACUGAGAAUGAGGCUGACCUACUUUGUCAAUAGUCUCCAUAACUACAUCAUGACAAGGAUUUUGCACAGCACAGGCAUCGAAUUUAAACAAGACCUGGAGAAAGCUAAAGAUCUGGAUCAGAUUAUAGCUGUUCACAAUAAAUAUGUGAAUACAAUACACGAGAGAUGUCUGCUGCACAAAAUGGUGAAGCUCCUCAAACAGGCUGUGAUGAACGUUCUCAAUCUCAUUCUGAAUUUCCAGGCCCUUUGGGAUGAAGGCAUUCAGGAAAUAAGCUUGAAGACCAUUGAAGGAAUGGAGAUAGAGUUUUCUAGGUGUAUUCUGUUCCUUUCCACAUUUCUCAACAAUGUUAUCAAAAGAGGGUCAUUUCCACAUUUGGAAUCACUUGCGUUUGCUUUAGUAACAUCAACAGAACAUUUAACAAAGGGAAGAGCACACGUGACGUAGUGAUGUCUGACUGAUGCUGUAAGGUCUAUCACUUUCUCCAGAGACAUUCAGGGAUUAUAUGGAAUUUGUUUUACUUGUCAGAAAUAUCUGUGAUAUUUAGAAAUUUUAAUACUUGAUGAAUAAUAAAUUAGUUUGUUGAA